AAAAUCUCUCCGAACCCCCCAUUUCUGCAUCAUUUCCUUGGUGUUCUCUUCUCUCGAUCUAAAUCACUUCAUAGCUGAAGAAAAUCGUGAUUUUUGGAAGGUUUUAUUCUGUUGUUUUCUCUGCUUUGGGUGAAGAUGGUUGGAGCUGCAUCGAUGGCGGGCCUGGCCGUCGAUUCCCAUAUGUGCCCCUGCCUCUGCGUUGACACUCUCUCUGUUUCUAAUGUCAGUUUCAAGAGUAGUGGCGAUUUAGGUCUGUAUAGGAAUUCAAUGGGCAGAAAGCAAUCGAGGCAUUCGGCGGCCUCAUUGGAGCUGAGCAGCUCGUUUGUUGACACCUGGCACGAUUGGCGCUUGUCGGGGAAGAUCCCGUCGGGGAUCAUUCGCUUGAGGCCACGGCGCAAGUUACAGAGCUUGGUGAUUUUGAACGAGGCAGCCGGUCAGUACGACGACACUUUCGAAGAUGUUACUAAGCAAAUAGUCAACUAUUUUACAUACAAAGCUACAAGGACUGUUCUUAACCAGCUUUAUGAGAUGAAUCCACCACAGUACAGGUGGUUUUACGAUUUUAUAGUAACAAACGACCCUGGAGAGGGGAAGCGUUUCAUUCGCACUCUUGCAAAGGAGAAGCAUGAACUGGCCGAAAGGGUAAUGAUAACGCGCCUUCACCUCUACAGUAAAUGGGUUAAGAUAUGCGACCAUGCUAAAAUAUAUCAGCAAAUCUCUGAUCAGAACUUGGAGUUGAUGAGGGAACGGCUCAUGGAAACUGUUGUGUGGCCAUCCGACGACACGAACACAGGAAAAAUUGGCUGAUGGGUUAUGUUUUCAACACCGUUCUAUCAAAUUUGGUUCACUGCAUGUAUAUGCUUUUUACGUUGAGCUAUUAUGUUCCACAGAUUUUUCAUUUAUAUGAUUUUUCAUCAAUCUAAUAAGAUGUGAUUGUGAUGCA